AUGGAUUCCGUAGAAUCCUAUAGUCCUGUUGAUCCUAAAAGAAAUAAAAGAAGAUGGCCUGUUGGUAAACAAAAAGAAUUAGAACUACUUCUGGAUAAAAACGAUAUACAAAUUUUAGCAGUACAGGAGACAAGAUUUUUGGAUAAAAAUGUGACAGAAACAAACGAUUAUAGAAUCUUUAAAGGCAAACCUGCGAUUAAAAUUAUGAAAGGAAUGCCAAUCUUGGGAACAGCCUUUUAUAUCCAUAAAAGAUUAUUAAACUGUGUAACUGAAUUCAAAACACGCUCAGAAAGGAUGUCUCUUUUGACAAUGAAAUAUAACAAGAAGAACCCAAAUAAAGUAGAGGGAUUCUUGGACCUCCUGGACCAUAAAAUGUAUAAAAUUCCAAAAUCAAAUGAAGUAAUAUUACUUGGAGAUUUCAAUGCCCAAAUAGGAAGAGAGAGAAUUCAUAGACCAAUAGUGGGAGAAUAUGCUGCACACCAAAGAACAAAUAGAAAUGGGAUGAGAUCGAUUACUAUUUGUAAAAACUUUCAAAUGAAGGUAAUGUCGACUUUCUUCGGGAAAUUGCCAAGAAGAGCUAAAACAUGGAUUUCUCCAAAUCCAAUGCUAGGUGAAUUUCAAAUAGAUCAUGUAGCUAUAUCCAAAAGAAACAUGACGGAAAUUAUGAAUGUCAAGAUAAUAAUAAGCAAAGAAUUUGACUCUGAUCACUAUUUAUCUAAAAUUAAACUCAAAUUCUUACCCAACAGAAAUCACAGAAGAGGGGAAAAAAUAAAUAAGUACAAUACAAAAUUAUACAAGAAACUUCAGAAACAUUUCAGGAAGAAAUAA